UGAGAUUCCUAAAACAUGUUGACACCCGGUUCAGCUACAUGACAGCGCGGCGCUCAUUCUGUGGUUUCUAGCAAUUUAACCGGCAUAUGACCUUCGAAUAAACAUGUACCACAGGUAGACCACUUGCAGGCAUUCCUUGAACAACUAUGUUGUCAUCAGCCUGUAGUACAGGGGCACCUGCAGGUGGAGGAGGAAGUGUUGUCAUGGAGACUUCAAACUUCGCCCAUGUCAUCUUCCAGAAUGUUGGAAAGAGCUUCCUUCCGCAGGCAGCACUUGAAUGUCAUUACACACUCACCCCUUUCAUCACUCCUCAUCCCAAAGACUGGGUUGGCAUCUUUAAGGUGGGCUGGAGCAGUGCAAGAGACUACUAUACAUUCCUCUGGUCUCCCAUGCCUGAAAACUACACGGAGGGAUCCACUGUUCACCGAACUAUCAUCUUUCAGGGUUAUUACGUUCCCCGUAGUGAUGGAGAAUUUUAUCAGUUCUGCUAUGUCACACACACGGGUGAAAUCAGAGGUGCGAGCACGCCAUUUCAAUUCCGCCCGGCAACACCCACUGGGGAGGAGCUACUGACAGUGGAGGAUGAUGGGAACUCAGACAUACUGGUUGUUACAACAAAGACUGGACUACUUGAGCAGCGUGUAGAGGAAGCUCGACAAGAGUGCAGAGAACUGCAGAAAGCCCUGUGCCUCCUCACACAGGAGAGAGAUCAGCUACAGGAGAGACAGAGACAACAGAACCAGGAGCUGCAGAAAGGCCUGUGUGAGGAGGAGGAGGCUGCUCAGGCCAGAGUGAGACAGCUUGAACAAGACCUGCUAGAAGUCACACAAAAAGCUGUUCUUAAAGAGACCGAACUGGAUUGUUUGAGAGACAGUUUGCAGAAGGUGAUAUCUGAGAGGGACAGUUUGCAAACUCUGCUGAAGAAUGAGAGAGAUGAGAGAGAACUUUACAAAUCUUACGUACGCAGCGCGGAGCUGGAGAACACAAAACUCAGUGCAGAGCUGCAGAUGCUGAAAGCAAUGGAGCUGAACAGGGAGGUCACCAUCGCACAGUACCAGGAGGAACUUCGCAGACUAAGCACAGACAGAGAUACACACUCCACAGAUGUUACUCUUAAAGAAAAGUUGCUUCAGGCUGAGGAGCAGCUCCAUGCCACACGGCAGCAGGCAGCCAUGUUGGGCUCUGAGUUACGUGACGCCUCCGGUGGGCGAGAUAGCACCAUGGCUGAGUUGUACCGUGCCCGUCAAGAAGCUGAAGACCUGCGAGCCCGUUUAGCUGAAGCCCAUGAGGAGUGCAGACAUGCCCAGAAACAGCUGGACAGGAUGAGGAGCGAGGCAUCACAGGAAGUGGGCAGGGCUGGUGGGGGAGUGGCCGCGGUCUCCGGGCUGGGGGCAGAGCUCCAAAAGGAGGUAGAGGAACUGAAGCUGCGUUUGAAUAUGGCUGCAGAGCACUACAAAGAGAAAUACAGAGAGUGCCAACGUCUGCGAAGACAAGUCACCAAACUAACCCAGCAACAGGAGGACUCUAACAGGAAUGAUGCAUCUACAGAGACCACACAGGAGUUACACACCCCAGAUGCAGAGACACCUCCCACAGAUCAAUGUCCUGCAGAUGUAAACCCUGUGGUGCAGAGAGAUGCAAGGAGAACAAGGGAUGAAAAUGGACCUGGACAGGAGGAGGGGGAUGAGGGGGAAGACGAAGAGGAGGAGGAAGAGUGUAGUGUGUCAGUAGAGGCUAAGCUCGCAUGCAUGGAGGAGAAAUGGAGAGAGCAGUGCACCAUCAGUGAAACCCUAAAGCUCCUCCUUUCCAAUGAGGGGAAAAUGUUUAAAGCUCAGGUGGCAGAUAAGGACAAAGAAGUUUCCGCACUGAGAGAGAGUCUUGUGGUGGUGACCAGAGAGAAGGAGAGACUGGAAGAGGAGUUGCGGCAGUGUAUGCACAGAGCGCCUGUGGCCGCUGAAAGUCGGUUGCGUUACCCACUGCCAUACCCACAAGACCCCCCUCCUCUUCCACUGGUACUACAACAACCUGCUGAACUGCAGUAUGGAAACCCCUAUUCAGAGCAAGAGACUCUGGACAGAGCAGAUGGUGCGUUAUCCCCUGAACAAACCUGCCGGCCGCCUCCCUUGGCUCCACCACCCUGGGGUGGUCCUGUGGUCUGCAGCCAGCCUUCACGGAGUCUCAGCCCCCCUGAUGGACUUGAGAACCCAGCUGAGGAACGGCCUAAUGGAGGUGAUGGUGAGGCCCCUGCAGUCUGUGAACAUCAGAGCCUUGAAUCCAAUGAGAGCCACACCAGCUUCUGCUUUGACACCAGAGCUGACGUUCACAAGCGUUGUCCUCUUUGUGAGGUGAUCUUUCCUCCACAUUUUGAACAGAGCAGUUUCGAGCGACAUGUGGAGUCACACUGGAGGGUGUGCCCUGUCUGCAGCGAGCAGUUUCCUCUGGACUGCCAACAGCAGCUCUACGAGAAGCAUGUGCAUACACACUUUGAUGGCAACGUUCUCAACUUCGACAACAUUGAUUAGAGAGAAAAAAAAAAAAACGUGUGUCUCUUGCUGCUUUCUGCUUUUAUUUAAAUAUAAAAUGCCUCAGGAGGUGAAGGGGCUUCAGUGUUUUGUUUGACCUACGUUGAUGAUAUAAUUUUAAUGUAACAGCUGCACAACUUGUGCCAGGACGAUUACAAUCAGAAUCUAUGAUUUGCACAUAGAUGUGCAUUAUACAGAUAUUUAAACUUCAAAAGGACAGAAAAGAGUACUAUGAUAUUGUUCUUCAGGUGUAAUAGAAAUAAAAAAUUAAUAAAUUA